CUUCAAUUGCCGUUACUGUCUGGAAUAAAUGGAUGACUGUGAAACGUAAUGGCUCCGUCGUAUGAAUGCGUAUUACAAAAGGAAGUUGAAGUAGUAGGUCGCCGGGAAAAGUUGAUCGGAAGUAGGAGACGACCGGCGAAGUUGAACGAAGUCAAGUCAAAGAAAGUUUGACGACUCCAUUCCACGAAGCAGUCAGCUGCUUCGAGGUUUUCGCUUUUAUAUAUUACAGCCUCCGCUCUGAACGCGAAGACGACCUGUCGUUACUCUGAUUGAAGCAUUAAGGACUUGUUUCUGUCGAAUUUGAUAUCUGAUCAACGAAGAUUUUUAUUAACUUACUGUUUUUGGCAUCAGUUGGCGCAUCCGUGAGCAAGCAAAACAAUGGGAUGCUUUGGUUGCUGCGAAGAAGAUGCUAUCCAGAAGGCUGCUGAUAACAGCAGCAUGUACCAAGUAAAAACUUCAGCAGGAACUGAUGAAAGCUAUCACAAACGGCAAACUGUACCUAAAAGUCCUCCAAUAGUGAAAAUUCAGCCCAUUGAAGUCCCUGCCAUAUCAUUUGAGGAACUAAAGGAGGUAACAAAGAAUUUCAAUGCCGACUGUUUGAUUGGAGAGGGUUCCUACGGUAGAGUAUACUAUGGGGUAUUUACAAGUGGGCAGACUGUGGGAAUCAAAAAGUUGGAUGCCAGCAAACAAUCAGAUGAUGAAUUCUUAUCCCAGGUCUCCAUGGUUUCAAGACUAAAGCAUGAUAAUUUUCUAAACUUGAUUGGGUACUGUGUUGGUGGCAACUCUCGAAUUCUUGCAUAUGAGUAUGCUUCAAAUGGAUCUCUUCACGACAUUUUACACGGUAGGAAAGGAGUGAAAGGAGCACAACCCCGCCCUGUUCUUUCCUGGGCACAGAGAGUAAAAAUUGCUGUAGGUGCUGCAAAGGGAUUGGAGUAUCUGCAUGAAAAGGUCGAUCCUCAUAUCAUCCAUCGUGACAUAAAAUCCAGCAACGUACUAAUAUUUGAUGAUGAUUUGGCAAAAAUUGCUGACUUUGAUUUGUCAAACCAAGCCCCUGAUAUGGCUGCACGGCUUCAUUCCACCCGUGUUCUUGGAACCUUUGGCUAUCAUGCUCCCGAAUACGCAAUGACUGGACAAUUGAAUGCCAAGAGUGAUGUGUACAGCUUUGGUGUUGUCCUGCUUGAACUUUUGACAGGAAGAAAACCAGUUGAUCAUACAUUGCCUCGAGGACAGCAGAGCCUCGUGACAUGGGCCACGCCUAAACUUUGCGAGGAUAAAGUUAAGCAGUGUGUUGAUGCAAAACUAGGAAAUGAGUACCCUCCUAAGUCAGUUGCGAAGUUUGCAGCGGUUGCUGCAUUGUGCGUUCAAUAUGAAGCAGAUUUCAGGCCAAACAUGAGUAUUGUAGUCAAAGCUCUGCAACCUCUGUUAAAUCCCCGUCCUGGUCCUGGCGGUGAGCCACCAACUCUUUAAACAGUAAAUCUCUAUCUCUCUCUCUCUCUUCUUGGGUCCACGUGCUGACACGUGACGUGAUCGUGCAAAUUAUUACCAGGGAAUUAAAUUUCCAGUAGGUGGUGAUCAUCAAUUUGUUUACAAAAACAGUGAGUGAGAUACCAUAAUUAUUAUGAUUUUAUGUGAUAUAUGACGUGACUUUUUUUUUUUC